CAGAGCGCAUCGGAGCCCGGCGGCAGCAGCACGGAGCAGCUGGGCGACGCGGCAGAGACGCAGCCGGGAUCAGCAGCUGAGGAGCGGCGGAGCUGAGGCCGACGCUCCGCUCCUCCUGCGGGGCUUCACCGGGGCUUCACCGGGGCCUCUCCGCGGGGACACAGCGAGCUGUGAAGUGGUCUAAUUCAACACAAUGAAGGAGAACCACUCCGGUAAACGGGGGGCGUCGGACUCGGCGCCGCAGCACGUUCCGCCCGAUAAGGUCGGCUGGAUCCGGAAGUUCUGCGGGAAAGGGAUCUUCAGAGAGAUCUGGAGGAACCGAUUCGUGGUCCUGAGGGGAGACCAGCUGUUGGUCUGCGAGAAAGAGGUGAGGGGGGCGGAGCUUGGGCGGGCCGAUGAGGUUCUGGACCUGACGGACUUCGACCGCGUUGAGGAGAUCCGCAAGAACAAGAGCCGGAGCAAGAAGAACCUCAGCAAGUUCAAACUGCAGCGCUGCAGCUCGCCGGGGAGCACGGUCUCUAACCUGGUGUUCCUCGCCGUCAGCCCGGAGGAGAAGGAGUCGUGGAUCAGCGUCCUGAACGUCUCCAUCACACGAGCCAAAAACAAGAUCCUGGACGAGGUGACAGUAGAAGACUCUCAGCUGUCUCAUCUGACCCGGGACCGAGUGAAGAUCCCUCAGAGCCGCCGGCUGCCGACCAGAGCUCACCUGCUGGCCGUGGCCUUCUCUUCCUCAGACGGGAUGCUGACUGUGGACCUGAUCCAGGAGGAGGCUCCGCCUCCCCGGGGAGCAGACGGCCGCGACAGGUUCAGGGUCGACUCGGACAAAACAACGUCCCACCUCGGCCCCGAUUGUCCCAGGUCCAAAACCGACGGCGCUCUCUCCGCCGGGACCGCCGAGGCUUCUGGGAAGUCCCAGAGCCUCCCCCGGGAGGCGGCGGCGGUGCGGGAGCCGACGGGCCGGACCCGGUCAGGGGGGCGCCACGCCUCCAUGGACGAGACCCUAAAGCACCCGGGCGGCGCCACGGCGUCCGUCAGCCGGCUGCAGGAGAUGAUCCGCCACAAGCUGGAGGAGACGGAGCGGCUGCUGGGGGAGGCGCAGGGGGAGGCGUCGGGGGAGGCCAGGGAGCGGGGCAGGGUGAAGGGGAAGGAGGCGACUGAAGCCGAGCGGCUCCUGAGGGAGGCGGCGGCGACCUGGAACCAGGCCCAGAAGGUGCUGGAGGAGGUGAAGGAGCUGAGGGCUUUGUGCCGGCAGCUGGACGCUCCGCCCCCCCUCAGCCCCGCCCCCCCUCAGCCGGUCCAACAACAGCACCAAACUAAACCAGGACCGGAAGAGCCUCAUGUGAGUGGACUCCGUCUGGGACCGAGGUCCAGACCAGAACUCGUUGGACUUCAGGCGACGCUGCUGGGAUCCGGACCACCACCUGAAGAACUCCUGGACCACGAGCUCAACCAACGUCUCCACGGAAACCUCAGAGGUUAAGAAAACAAAACAAAACAUCCAUCCAUCCAUUGUCAUCCGCUUAUUCCGGGUCGGUCUCAGGCAGCAGACCCAGACUCCCUCUCACCCGCUACGUGUUCCCUCUCAUUCUGGGGGUCCCGAGGCGUUCACAGGCCAGCCGGGAGAUAGAAUCUCUCCAGUGUGUCCUGGGUCUUCCCCGGGGUCUCCUCCCAUUGGACGAGCAUGGAAAAUCUCUAAAGGGAGGCGUCCAGGAGGCCUCCUCCAUCUCCCUCCAUUCUCCUCCAUCUGAGCCUCACUCGUCAACAAGACCCAGAGGUACUUGAACUCCUCCGCUCGGGGCGCUCUGCCCCACCUGGAGGACCAGGCCCCCGGUUCCCUCAGAGCACCACCCCCUCAGGUGGAGGUGCUGACUCUCGUCCCGCCGCUUCACACUCGGCUGCAAAACGCCCAGUGAGCGCCGGAGGUCACGGUCAGAGGUCAACAGGAACACAUCCUCUGAGAACAGCAGGGAGGCGAUCCCGAGACCCCCUGACCUGCUCCACCCAAACCGGACCUGCUCCACCCAAACCGGACCUGCUCCACCCCCAGGCUGCUCCUAGAUGUCCAUGAGUCACAAACAGGACGGUGGUGGAGGGCCGCCCGGUGAGGCCGACGCCCACUGGGACCGUGUCUGACUUCAUGCCGAGGAUGUGAACACAGCUCCUACUGCAGGGUACAGAGACCGGAGAGCCCGUAGCAACGGGUCCGGAACCCCAGACCCCCGCAGCCCCCCCACAACAACCCCCGAGGGACCCGGUCCAAAGCUUUCUCCAAGUCCACAAAGCACAUGUAGACUGGUUGGGCUCCCAGGACCCCUCCAGGACCCCUCCAGGACCCGUGUGAGGGUGAAGAGCUGGUCUUCAAGAACAAAACAAAACGUGCCAAGACCAGAGUCCACGUCGUCCUUUAGUCUCGUUUGACUUCUGUUUGAAUCCAAAACCCCAAAUCAUUAAAACACCUGAGACCAACUUGAUUAGACCACCAAGACCCAACAAGACCACCACCCAACAAGACCACACAAGACAAGACGCAACAAGACCACCAAGACCCAACAAGACCACCAAGACAAGACGCAACAAGACCCACCAAGACAAGCAACAAGACCACCAAGACAAGACGCAACAAGACCACCAAGACAAGACCACCAAGACGCAACAAGACCACCAAGACCCAACAAGACCACCAAGACCCAACAAGACAAGACGCAACAAGACCCAACAAGACAAGACGCAACAAGACCACCAAGACAAGAAGCAACAAGACCAAGACAAGAAGCAACAAGACCACCAAGACCCAACUACACCACCAAGACCCAACAAGACAAGACGCAACAAGACCCACCAAGACAAGACGCAACAAGACCACCAAGACAAGACCACCGAGACCCAACAAGACCACCAAGACAAGACCACCAAGACAAGAAGCAACAAGACCCACCAAGACAAGCAACAAGACCACCAAGACAAGACGCAACAAGACCACCAAGACCCAACAAGACCACCAAGACAAGAAGCAACAAGACCCAACAAGACCACCAAGACAAGACCACCAAGACAAGAAGCAACAAGACCAACAAGACCACCAAGACAAGACGCAACAAGACCACCAAGACAAGAAGCAACAAGACCACCAAGACAAGACCAACAAGACCCACAAGACGCAACAAGACCACCAGGACCCACCAAGACCACAAAGACCCAACAAGACCACCAAGACAAGAAGCAACAAGACCACCAAGACCCAACAAGACAAGACCAACAAGACCACCAAGACCCAACAGGACCCACCAAGACCACCAGGACCCACCAAGACCACCAAGACAAGAAGCAACAAGACCAACAAGUCUUUGAUUGUUCGUCUCUUCACAUCAGGACUAGCUAACGGAGCUAACGGAGCUAACGAAGCUACAACCCGAGAGAAACUAAAUCUGAAACUGAACACAAUAAAAAAACAAAGCAAGCAAGCUAGCAUGAAUUAGCCGAUACUGGCAAGCUAAUGCUAACAUAGCAUCCUCGCUCCCGUGCUGCUAUGCUAUCCAGUAGCUUCUAGCCAACAAACAGAACAUCCUUCACACAAGACGAUCAAAGUCUAAAUAAUCAACGAUCAUAAAAGUCUUUUUCUCAAAGACGUAAAAACAUUUCAGAUUUAUUUAUUAUUUUAAGAUUAAUUAUUAUUUGUACUUUUCACGUUUUAUUCAAACAUUUGAUCCACAUUGAAUUCUGAAGUCCUGAUGGUGUGUCCUGCUCAGAGGCACGCGGGCAGCUCUCCUGACAUCGAGCUUCAGAGAUACACUUUAUUUUUGGACCCAUAAGCAGAAGAAACUUUUACUGGAAGUUUAUUUUUGAAAGAAACAUUCAGAGUUUUGUAUUUUACGGUUUUCUGAAAGAAUAAAUUCAUUUAAAAUCCGUUUUUUACAGAUUCAACGCAGUCGAGUCCGAAUAAAAGAAUCCCAGUUCAAGUUUUUUUAUAACUUUACACUUAAAUAUUUUUAAUGUUUGUGAUGAAGCUCUGAUUGUAAACAGAUUGUUGUUGUUUUCAUUUCAUGGUUUGAAAAUUAAUUAAAUUAUUGCACAAAAUAAAGACUUUGUUUAAACGUU